CCGGGUACGACAUGCAGUAUAAAUAGGCUGGUGUGCUCGGACGACGGUAGAACAUACGAAACCAAUGAUUCCCAUAUGUCCAGUAGUAUCCUUCACCUAUGUGCCCAGCCGGCUUGGUGAAGAUGCCAAAAUGGCUACCGGCAAUUACUUCGGUUUUACCCAUGGCGCUGCCGCUCAGUACAGUCAGCAGCCAGCUGCCGGGGUAGCAUACACACAUCCCACCACAGUGGCCAGUUACACAGUUCAUCAAGCACCUGUGGCAGCACACACCGUGGCAGCGGCCUAUGCUCCCACUGCAGCUACAGUUGCUGUAGCUAGGCCUGCGCCUGUCGCUGUGGCAGCUGCUACUGCUGCAGCAUAUGGAGGAUACCAGCCAACCCAUGCUACCACUGACUAUGGAUACCCUCAGCGUCAGCCUGAAGUCCCUCCACCACCACCACCGGUCACCUCACAGAACUACCAGGACUCCUACUCCUAUGUCCGCUCCACAGCUCCAACUGUUGCUUAUGACAGUAAACAGUACUACCAACAGCCCACUGCUACAGCAGCUGUUGCUGCUGCACAGCCACAACCCAGCGUGGCAGAGUCCUACUACCAGACAGCCCCCAAACCAGGAUACAGCCAAGGGGUAACAUCAUACACCCAGAGCCAGCAGACUCGUCAGGUGACUGUCAUAAAGCCAGCUGCUCCCAGUCCAGCCACAUCCACUUUCUCCAUCUACCCAGUGACCUCAACUGUCCCGCCUGUGGCAGCUGCCGCCUCUGUGGUCCCAACUUACUCCCAGAGCCCAACCUACAGCACAAAUGCUGUCACCUACUCUGGAACCUCAUACUCGGGCUAUGAGGCAGCAGUCUACUCAGCAGCCUCCAGCUACUACCAGCAGCAGCAGCAGCAGCACCAGAAGCAGGCAGUGGCUGCUGUAGCAGCAACAGCAGCAUGGACUGGUAACACUUUCACCAAGAAACCCCCCUUUCAGAGUAAGCAGCUCAGGCCCAAGCAGCCGCCCAAACCCCCUCAGAUCCACUAUUGUGAUGUCUGUAAGAUCAGCUGUGCUGGCCCGCAGACUUACAAGGAGCACCUGGAAGGCCAAAAGCACAAGAAGAAGGAAGCAGCAUUAAAGGUUUCCCAGAACAGCAGCAGCAGCAGCAGUGGUAGUGGUGGUGGUGGUGUGUUGGCCCGCAGUGCUCAGAACCAGCUCCGCUGUGAACUUUGUGAUGUUUCCUGCACUGGUGCUGACGCCUAUGCUGCCCAUAUCCGUGGAGCCAAGCACCAGAAGGUUGUGAAGCUUCAUACCAAACUUGGUAAGCCUAUUCCCUCUACUGAGCCAAGCAUGGUCACUCAGACAUCAUCCUCCACCACAGCUGCCCCCAGCAAAACCACCACUUCUACUCUGAGCAGUUCCAGUAACACCAACUCUCUGUGCGUGGCUGCCUCCUCAUCCCUUGCUACCUCCAGUCCCCCAUACCUGAAACCUGUCAACAUUGUCAGCAAUAGUGUGGCAGGUGUCAAGAAUCCAUUAGCCAACAACCUCUCUGCUGCCAACUCUGCCACAACUGGGAAGAAAGUCAACACCCCCAAGAUCAAUUUUGUUGGUGGAAAUAAAUUACAGACCACAGUGAAGAUGGAAGAGGUCAAAGUGGAGGCAUCUAAGCCUGUAAUGCCCUCUUCAGGUGGUCAAGACACCAAGACAGAAGUUUCAGAUUCUCUGACCACGUCGGCCCUGGCUGCACUGCAGAGUGAUGUCCAGCCUGUCGGCCAUGACUAUGUUGAGGAGGUCCGAAAUGAUGAAGGCAAAGUCAUCCGCUUCCAUUGCAAGCUGUGUGAAUGUAGUUUCAAUGAUCCAAAUGCAAAGGAAAUGCAUCUAAAAGGACGGAGGCAUCGUCUGCAAUAUAAGAAGAAGGUGAACCCAGAUCUACAGGUGGAGGUAAAACCCAGCAUCCGAGCUAGGAAGAUUCAGGAAGAGAAGAUGAGAAAGCAGAUGCAGAAAGAGGAGUACUGGAGAAGAAGAGAGGAAGAGGAGCGCUGGAGAAUGGAGAUGCGGCGCUACGAAGAGGACAUGUACUGGAGACGUAUGGAGGAGGAGCAGCACCACUGGGGUGAGCGACGUCGUAUACCAGAUGCAGGUUAUCCACAGGGCCCUCCUGGUCUGCUUGGAGUUCGGCCUGGCAUUCCUGGCCUGCAGCCUACAGGCCUUGUGCCCCCACGUCGGCCUGAUUCUUCAGAUGACCGCUAUGUCAUGACCAAGCAUGCUUCCAUCUACCCCUCAGAAGAUGAGCUCCAGUCUAUUCAGAAGAUUGUGUCAAUCACAGAACGUGCCCUCAAACUGGUCUCAGACAUAAUUACAGACCAGGACAAGGCCAAGGAAGAAGACAAAGAGAAGAAAGAACCCUCUAAAGACAGAGCCCUGAAGGGAGUGAUGAGGGUGGGAGUCCUGGCAAAAGGCUUGCUUCUUCGUGGGGACAAGAAUGUCAACCUAGUCCUGCUCUGCUCUGACAAGCCCACAAAGGGUCUCCUCACCCACAUUGUGGAGCACCUCCCCAAACAACUAACAAUGGUAACACCUGAAAAGUAUGAGGUCAAGGGCUCUAUCCAAGAAGCAGCCAUUAUUCUGACAUCCUGUACAGAGCCAAAGAUGCAAGUGACAAUCACGCUGACUUCACCUGUCAUCAGAGAGGAAAAUGGCCGGGAUGGAGAUGUAACCUCGGGUAUGGUGAAAGACCCAGCGGACGUCUUGGACAGGCAAAAAUGCCUUGACGCUCUGGCUGCUCUGCGCCACGCUAAGUGGUUCCAGGCUAGAGCCAAUGGACUCCAGUCCUGUGUGAUCGUCAUUCGAAUCCUGCGAGACCUCUGUCAGCGAGUUCCUACAUGGUCGUCCUUCCCAGGAUGGGCCAUGGAGCUGCUAGUUGAGAAGGCCAUCAGUAGUGCCUCUGCCCCCCUCAGCCCAGGCGAUGCACUGAGACGUGUCUUUGAAUGUAUUUCUUCUGGGAUUUUACUCCCUGGUGGGCCAGGAUUGGUAGAUCCAUGUGAAAAGAAUCCUGUGGAUACCCUAACACCUAUGGGAGAGCAACAGAGAGAAGACAUUACCUCAAGUGCCCAAUUUGCUCUGAGGCUGCUGGCAUUUCGUCACAUUCAUAAAGUUUUGGGUAUGGACCCUCUGCCGCAGAUAAACCCUCGCCUCAACAUCCGAAACAGCCGCAAGCGUCGCCGUGACAACAGUGAUGGGACAGACAGCUUUGAGGGUGAAGGCAAAAAGGACAAGAAAGAUUAUGAUAUUUUCUAAGCUUCUCAGUUACUAAUUUAAAGUAAUCUAUAUGAAAAAAUGUACUAACAUAUUGUAUUUAACAAAUGGGGUGUGCUUUCUUCUGUGUACUGGCUGAGGUCCAGUGUUUUUUUUUUUUUGUUUUGUUUUGUUUUUUUUUAAAGCUGCAGAUGCACCAGUGUAAUUGCAACCUUACUCAGUAUCACACGAACAAAAAUAUCUAUUUGUGUACUGUUUUAGUUGUAGAUUUGAAGUUGGGGUUCAGACUUAACUGUACAAGGAAAAAGCAGUUUUAACCUUAAAUAGAAGUGUUGAUGACAGUGGUUUUUUUAAGCUUCUGCUGCUGCUCCAUUCUGAACUGUGUUAAUUUUUACAUUGCGGGGAAAGGUGGGGUUCAAAGAAUCAAAAAUGGAGCCAGACUCGUUACUUAAACUGUAUUAUGGAUCAGGAGGAAAAGCAAUGUUAAAUGUCAAUGCCUUCAUUUCAUUCAUCUGUAUAGUUCAGUCAGAGGUGGACGGUGGUGUUGUACUGUUGUGAAGCAUUAAUUUGGCCAACUUAAUUCUCAAAAUUCUUUUGAGUAUCAGUUAUUUUGUGCUUAAUAUAAGUGAUGUUUGAUGCUGUGGUCUUAUGUCUCAGUGCUAAGCUACACAUACACACAAAAAUUCAGGAGAACCUUAACUGUUGAGAGAUCUGUGUUAGUAGUGAAGUUGUCAGCCCUAAAUGUAGUUUUGUCUUAUUUUCAUAUAUAUGAAAGUAUUUGUAUAAUCUUUAAAUAGAUAAAAAGGUGUUAGAUUGUGGAAAGCAUGGCCAUGUUCAGAUUGCAUACUGUUUUCUUAUUUAAAAUGUUGUUUUCCUGGUUAAUGGGAAACUUUAUUGGCUUGCUUGCUCUAUCUUGAUUAGGUGCUAAAUUAAAUUCAAUACUGGAAAUAAGAAUAAAAAUCAUGCCCGAGAAUGAGAGGGGCUGUAAUGUACUUGCCCUUCAGUGUAGUGAAUACCUAUCUGCAUUGUGGACUCUGUUUUACAAUUCCAGCAGCAGAAUAAAUCCAGAUUGAAGAA